GGGAUGGCACAGCUUAGGCUCUAACCAGUAUCGGCAUAUAAUAGGCAUCCCUUCACUUGCUACGGGAAUUGUUGCAUACCAAAUUUUUUAGAGAUUGUUUUAGCGUACGGGGCUGGGGGAAGGCUUCCUAUGCUGCUUUCAUGAAUCUGUUGUAUCUACCAUGACUUAUCCCAAUGACACCACCCCCUCGGCUCUAUCGGACUCGACCAAGGGAGAGUCCAGUGAAGCCGAGCUACGGGCACCGGAGAAGUUACAACAAACAGGGGUGCCUCGCCCGCAAUCAGUACCGACAACUUCCCACGAAGCCCCUCGACCGGAUAAUGUACAGCACUAUCCUAAGGCGCAGGCCCAUAUGACACACACUGCACAGAGGGGUGCGCCCUCCUCCCUGAAUAUGCGGGACAUGAGAUCAUCAUUGCCUGGAUAUCAGUCCCACUCUAUACUUUAUGAGCAACAUCAUAUUCAGCAGCCAUAUGUUCCCACGGCUCAUCCCCAUGGUGUCAUAUACGCAAUGCCUCCGUUGCCAUCAUAUCCUGGGGCGACAAUAAGCGCAAAUAUGACUUACAACACUCCUUUUAACCAGGUUUACGCGCCUUACCUUCAGCAACAACACGAGGAUCUGCAUAUGUCUCAUGGUGCCACAGGGUAUCAAUCCUUGGUACCGCAUUCACCCUCUCACUUGAAUGUCCAUAUCCCGGCCCAAGCAUCUGUAUAUGGGCUGAACUAUUAUUCUCAAACUGCAUACACGACGGCGCUAGGACAUGGGCCGGGUCCCCCGACUACGCCUUCUUCAGUUCAAAUGCAGUUGCGUGUUCAAACCCAGAAUAUGCAGGGACCAACCAUCAAGGUAGCGUCGGGUCUGGGAAAAGAAAAUAGACAACGGCGUCUGGAUAUGGAAUACGACGUCUCGAAGACAAUCGUAGACGGAUCGACUCCCAUGAGGCCUAUCCCCGUUCAAACCUCUUCGGCGGAUUCAACCUCGCAUUCAUCUGUGUCAAGCGCUCCAAGGGGACCACCGCGAAAGCCAAAGCAAUCUGGACAUGCACUCUGGGUCGGCAACCUUCCCCCUGGUACGAAUAUCGUUGACCUGAAAGACUACUUUUCUCAGGGUGCCACAAAGGAGCUGGAGAGCGUCUUCCUCAUAUCUAAGAGCAACUGUGCUUUUAUCAAUUACAAAACAGAGGCCGCCUGUGCCGCAGCGCUGUCAAGAUUCAAUGAUUCCAGGUUCCAUGGGGCGCGUCUUGUCUGUCGGCUACGCCAGGGAAUUGUCUCCCCGGGAUCCAAUUCUGACUCUAUCGGUCCCUCUACCCCUAUCUUGUACCACGAUGGGGAAGCCAAGCAAUCAAACACUGAGCUUGAGAGAACCGCUGCAGAUGGUAGGCUGUCACGCACUCGGGUUCCUAACAGGUACUUCAUAGUCAAAAGCUUGACUGUUGAUGACCUCGAACUCAGUCGACAAAGCAACAUCUGGGCAACUCAAACACACAACGAAGAACAGCUGAAUGAUGCUUACGAGAACGCAGACGAUGUCUAUCUUAUAUUUUCCGCCAACAAGUCGGGUGAAUAUUACGGAUACGCCCGUAUGAUGUCGCCCAUACAAGACGACGAGAGUUUGACAUUGGAGAUGCCUCCACGACUGGACAACAUUCCUGAACCUGAGGCUCCAGACGUGACACCCACGCCAGCAACAUCCACUGCGCCUGAUGGACGAAUCAUCAACGACACUGCGCGGGGAACUAUCUUCUGGGAGGCCGAAUCUUCAGAAGAUGAGAGCGGUAUGAGCAAGGAAAAGGCCAUCAACGAAGGAGUGGAAGAACCUACGGAGAUUGGAGCUCAAUUAAUCGGAAAGCCGUUUCGAAUUCGGUGGCUCUCGACUACACGGGUCCCCUUUCACCGAACGAGAGGCCUACGGAAUCCCUGGAAUUCGAACAGAGAAGUCAAGAUCGCCCGCGAUGGGACAGAGAUCGAGCCGGAGGUAGGGUCGAAACUUCUGCAGCUAUUCCAUGCUCAGCCUCAAGAAUAAGACCCAGGCGAGAAGGGGAUACAUCGUGGUCUAAAAGGGGAGACGGCAGACGGUGACAGGGCCCGGACGGGAUGAGAGGAGCCAGCAAAGAGAAACAGGGAGACCCCGAAGAGUAGGGAGGAACAUCUGGACAGACAUGCCGAGAGACAAGUCGUGGGGCGUCGGAAUGGUGAAUUCUGAGCUGAGACUGCCCCAAGGGACCUUCCCAUCUCACGCGGAGUAUGUCAACCGCGGAUAUGCCUUGGUUGGGGUAAGGGGAGGGGGUAAUACCUGCAUUGCCAGUCGACGCACCCUUGGGUUUCUGUGAAAGGAAACCCCCCUCCUGAGGACUGUCCAUGGACCAGAAGAACACGAAUGACUCCUUACUUCGGGGCCGAGGUAAGACAGUAUACGUACCUUAUCUACUCCGUACCUAUAUAGAUAUAUACUUUGGACCACGUGUUUAGACACAAGAGAAAUAAGAAAUACACGCAGAUAUAUACACAGAU